AUGUCUUCAUCUGAAGAUGAUUUCUUCGUGCUUUCGAGGCCAAAACGACCAGUGGCUAAGUUGACAGCCGGGUCCAGUGCUUCUGAGUCAAAGGAUGCAAGAAACUUGUCACUGGUUGUGAAACAGGAAGCUCCUCCAGCAAAGAGAAAAUUUAGCUCACAGAUUCCUGAUUUUGACACACAGAAUGAUAACUCGCUUAAGACCAAUAUUACAAGUGAAGAUGAGCUUAAUGACAUCGAGAUAUUAAAAACAGUGGAUACAAAAACAAAAAUAAAAGAUGAUAUGUUAAUUAUCGAGAGUGAUUUGGAUUUCGACGUGGAAAAUAUAUUAAAUUAUAAGCCAACUUUGUAUCUUGAUCUGAAUGAAACAAAACAUUACAAGCGAAAAUAUUCAUCCACUUUUACUUCAAAGAAAAGAGUCAAAAGAGGGAAGCUAAAAACAUGGGAAAAUGAAACAAAAAUAGGAAAUGAAAAUGAAAAUGAAAAUGAAAAUAAUAAAGAAAAUAGUAUAAAUAUCGAUGAUUCUAUAAAUAUUAGCAAUCAAUCUAUUGUUAACAUACCUAGUUCAGACCUUGAUGAUAACGAUUAUUUGGGAAUAGAUGAAAGAUUAAAAGCUUUAAAAGAGAAAUAUCAAACCGGUUCAUCUGGUUUAGCAAAUUCAAAACAUCUGAAAAAAUCCAAGAAAAGCUCUUUAAAACUGGUUGAGAUUGGAAUUCUUAAUCACAAAUCAUCGGAAAAUAUUGUCGAGGUCGAUGACAAAGAUGAUAUAAUAGAGAUACCUCAAACUGAUAUCAAUUUCCAGACUUUCGGCGAUAAAAAUGAUCCAGAUUUAAAAUCUGAGGCCAAGAAAAUUUACUCCUUUCAUAUAACCUCUAAUUUACCUGGAACAGAAGGUGUGACUGUUACAAUUCAAAUUACUGGCGAUAAAAAAUUCAAAAAAGUCAUCUUAACAACUUUAAAGUACUUGGCUAAAAAUUAUUAUGUUCCCUUAUAUUUUCGAUCUUAUUAUAGCCUUGAUUCGGUUUUAUUAUUAUGGAAUGAUAGUGUCAAAUUAUUCGAUUAUAUGAAACCAAAUUACUUAAAGGUUGAUCAACCAUUAAUUUCUUUAAUGAAUACUAAUGUGAAUUUAAAAAUAAUGACAAAAGAUAGCGCUGAGAUCUUUUUGGCUCAAAAAUUAGAAAAGCUAGAAAAACUAGAAAAACUAGAAAAAAUGGAAAAAAUGGAAAAAUUAGAUCAAAACAACAACAAUACUUUUAUAAACAAUAGUUUUAACUAUAAUAAUAGUGUUGAUUAUGAGGAUAAAGAAUUGGAAAGUUUUAAUAAAGAAUUGAAGGAAUUAGGAGAAAUUGACGAUCAUAUUUUAUUGAUAAAUGAAAACAAUAAUACUAAUAAUAAUGACCAACUUUCACAAGAUGAUUUAAAAUCAUCUUAUUUCACAAUUGGUUUGAGAGGUUCUGAUAAUAAAAGAACUGAUAUAAGAGUUAAUUCUGAUAGCAAAUUAAUUAAUAUUGCAAAAUUUUAUUUAUCUAAAAAAAAUCUACCAGAAAAUAAAAUAAAAUCUAUAAAAUUAUUGUUUGAUGAUGAAGAAUUAGAUUUGACUAAAAGUGUUGGUGAGACUGAAUUAGAAGAUGAAUUUUCAAUUGAUGUAGUAAUCAAUUAA